GACUGGCAGCACUGUUGUACACAACAGUUAACAACACAUUUGAACCAACAGCGGGUGUGCUGCCGCGUCUAACUUCGAAAAUAAAUUCGCAUCGUUCUUCUUAAAAUAUAAAACAACAAAAAUAAAUAAACAAAAAUAAUAAAAAUUGUAAAAUUAAUUUGACCUUUGCGCCUUGAAAAACAAAAAAGAAGCGUAAACGCGCGUGUGUUGGUUUGUUAGUGCGGGUGUAUGUGUCUGUAUAAGGAUUUACGGGACCUGCAUUUAGACCUGUGUGUGGGUGUAAGCACAUGUGUGUGUUGGUGCUGUUAACAAGUAUUGAAGGAUUUCAAAAGAUGUAGAACAGCGUCGUUCCGAGGAAGACGCGCAGCAGCAGCAGCAGCGGGUAACUGGACGCCUCAGUCUCCUGGCCAGGAUGUCGUUCAAGCUGUUUCGACGCGGAUCUGCGCGGUGCAUUGGCCUGCUGUCGGCCUUCGUGACGAUCCUGCUCUGCCUCUACUACAUCUCCAUUGGCCAGCCCAAUCCGACGCCCCUCUCCGAUAGUGGGUCCCCCACGGCGGCGGGGCUGCAGCGCGGAGUAGGACCAUUUGGAGGAGGAGCCAUCACUGGCAUCACUGGAUUCAGUGUGCAGCAGCAACAGCAGCAGCAGCAGAAGAAGAUUCAUGCAGCGGGCAUCGUGUCGAACCAGAAGAGAUCCUCCGAGCAGAAGGCGGAGGAGGUGCCAGUCGAGCAGGAGCCUGUGGGGGCUGACUCGCACGUGGAGUAUGCCAGGGCCAACUGGGGCGACAAGUGCUACGUCCUGCUCCAGAGCGACACGAACAUAACGGCCAACGAGGAGCACAGCAGAUUCGACUUUCAGCCUGAGUGGAUGCGAUCGAAGGAGUACUGGGACCGGGGCUUCGAGGAGCGCUUCGACGUGCAGAAGAAGGAUAAGCAACGUCCCCCGCUGAAGAUCAUCGUGGUGCCGCACUCGCACAACGAUCCCGGCUGGCUGAAGACCUUCACCAACUACUUCCAGUCGGACUCGCGCCAGAUCCUCAAUCUGCUGGUGACCAAGAUGCAGGAAUACAAGGACAUGACGUUCAUCUGGUCCGAGAUCUCAUUCCUGCAGCUGUGGUGGGACCAGGCGCAUCCCACCAAGCAGCGGGCCCUGCGGCGGCUCGUCGACUCCGGCCGCAUCGAGAUCACGACCGGCGGCUGGGUGAUGACCGACGAGGCGAAUGUCCACAUCUAUCCGAUGCUCGACCAGCUGAUCGAGGGCCACCAGUGGCUGAAGAACAACCUGAACGUGACCCCCAAGGUGGGCUGGUCCAUCGAUCCCUUUGGCCACGGCAGCACCGUCCCCUACCUGCUGUCCGGGGCGAACUUCGAGGGGGCCAUCAUCCAGAGGAUCCACUACGCGUGGAAGCAGUGGUUCGCCCGCCAGCAGUCGGGCGACUUCGUGUGGACGCCCUACUGGCGGACAAGGGGGGCAGUGGGAGCUGUCGGAACCGAUGGAGCGGCAGGCAGCCUGCUCACACACAACAUGCCGUUCGACAUCUACUCGAUCAAGGGCUCCUGCGGGCCACAUCCGUUCAUCUGCCUGAACUUUGACUUCCGCAAGAUCCCCGGCGAGUACACCGAGUACUCGGUGAAGGCGCAGUUCAUCACCGACGACAACGUGGAGGAGAAGGCCCAGCUGCUGCUGGAGCAGUACGCCCGCACCGCCUCGCUCUUCCCGCACAACGUGGCCCUCAUCCCCGUGGGCGACGACUUCCGCUACAACAAGGAGCGCGAGGUGGACCAGCAGUACCAGAACUACAAGAAGCUCAUCGACCACAUCAUGGCCAACAGGCGGCUCUACAACACGGACAUCAGGUUCGGGACGCCCAGCGACUACUUUGCGGCCAUCAGGGAGCGGAUGAGGGGCAAGAGCCCCGGCUUUCCCAGCUUCAAGGGGGACUUCUUCGUGUACUCGGACAUCUUCUCGGAGGGAAGGCCCGCCUACUGGUCGGGCUACUUCACCACGCGGCCCUUCUACAAGCUGCUCAGCUCCGAGCUGGAGCACAACCUGCGCGCCGCCGAGAUCCUCUUCACGCUGGCGUACAACACAGCCCGCCAGGCGCGGCGGGAGAGCGCCAUCAAGAUCGACGAGAAGAACUACGAGAAGAUAAUCCACGCGCGACGCAAUCUGGGUCUGUUCCAGCACCACGACGCCAUCACGGGCACCUCCAAGGCGGCGGUGAUGCGGGACUACGCCAUGCGGCUGUUCGAGAGCAUCCAGAACAUGGUCAAGAUGCAGGAGUCGUCCAUUGAGCAGCUGCUGCAGAAGGGCCAGCCCCGCCACCACGGCUUCAUCAUCAGCGAAUUCGAGCGGGACAACUUCAACAAGCUGCCCCGCAAGAUGCCCAUCCAGAUGGUCAGUGGGGACGACUCCACGAGCACCGGAGGCGGAAGCUCAGGGGCAGGGGCCCCUUCUGCCGGAGGAUCCAUUGGCAGCUUCGUUUUGUACAACUCCCUGGCCCAGAAGCGCGUCGAGAUCGUCACCCUGCGGGUCCAGCAUCCGAAUGUGAAGAUCCUCAACCACGAGGGCGUCGAACUGAAGCACAUCCAGAUCAAUCCCGUGUGGAACAUCACGGAAAUCUACGACAUGGUGCUCGGAACGACCACCACGGGCACCAUCGGACGCAUUCGCACGAGCACGCGGCAGUACGAGGUGAUGUUCGUGGCCGAGCUGGAGGCCCUGUCCCUCAGCACGUACCGCGUCCAGGUGGAUGAGGCCAGCUACAGGCGGAACAUUGCCACCAUCUACUGCGAUGACUGCCACGAGGGGUCUGCUUCGGCGAGUGCCACGACGCCCGAAGGAACCACUGGCGCCACAACGAACGAUUUUGAGGUGCGAGCCAAGCCAGCGGGCGACAUCCAGCUGGAGAAUCCCCACAUGCGUCUGCUGUUCGACGAGAAGAGCGGCUUCCUGAAGACCGUCACGCGGAAGAACCAGCGGAAGGAGCUGAUGAAGCCGAUGCAGUGCAACAUCAAGUUUGCCGCCUACCGCAGCGCCCAGUUCCACUCGGGGGCUUACCUCUUCAAGACGGAUCCCGAGCAGAGCGAGGCCGAGAAGGAUGUGCUGGAGGGCUACACCGAUGUGCGGAUCAUCAUCACCUCCGGACCGAUUGCCAGCGAUGUGACUGUGAUAUAUGGCCCCUUCCUGGCCCACACCGUGCGCAUCUUCAACACGCGCACGCACCUGGAUGCCGCCAUCUACGUGGAGAACGACAUCGACUUCGAGCCGCCGCCCAAGAACCGCGAAACGGAGCUCUUCAUGCGCCUGAUCACGAACAUAGACAACAUUGCGGGGGCGCCGCUGCAGAAGGAUCCCCUCAAGGAGCCCACGGACACGGGCACCAUCCCAGAGCUGCCUGUCUUCUACAGCGAUCAGAAUGGUUUCCAGUACCACGAACGCAUUAAGGUGCCGGCCAUUGGCAUCGAGGGCAACUACUUCCCCAUCACCUCGGGCGCCUUCAUCCAGGACACACGUCUGCGCCUCACUCUGCUCACCACCCACGCCCAGGGAGCGGCCAGCUACGAGCCUGGGCAGCUGGAGGUGAUGCUCGAUCGGCGAACCCUCUACGACGACUACAGGGGCAUGGGCGAGGGCGUGGUCGACAGCCACCUGACGCGCCACAAAUUCUGGCUGCUGGUGGAGGACAUGCCGCGGGGACAGCACGCGGCCAAGCCGCCCGGCUACCAGGUGCCCAGCAUGCAGGGACAGAUGCUGGCCAAUGCGCUGCGAUACCCGCCGAAUCUGUACUUCCUGAGCAGCGUGGAGCAGCCGCUGUCGGGGCUGCAGGACCAGGUCCGGCUCCUGCCCAAGGGGGCACUGCCCUGCGACGUGCACCUGACCACUCUGCGCACACUCUCCGACCCGGAGCUGCAGCUGUUUCCGUCCGCCUCCGCUCUGAUGGUCCUCCAUCGGCAGGGCUUCGACUGCAGCGUGAGUGCCGUGGGGGGCAGGGAGCUGGGCCUGGACGCCGUCUGUCCGCUGUCGAACGGAGGACUCGGUCCCGUCCAGCUGGGCAAACUGAGUCUGCGCACCAUCGAGGCCACCAGCCUGACGGGGCUGGAGCAGGCGAAGGAGAAGGCAAAGGAGAACUUCCGCAUCCGCUCUCUGGCGGAAGUGAGCCUGCAGCCGAUGGAGAUGCGCACCUUCAACCUCACCUUCAGCGAUAGAUCGUGAAGCAGUGGCAUCUAUUAAUUGUGUAUUUUAUUUAUUGAGUCUAUUGUAUUGUGUUGUGGCCCUGAAACCUAGCUAUAAGCGUAAAAUACGACGAAAGUUCUCAGCUUUAUUUAGUUCUCGUCUGCAGUUCUCUCUCCAGCAGUUUUUGAAAGUACAAAGCACACAUAAACUAUAUUGAUCCAACUCUUGACUGCCCAUAGCAAUGCAUUCCGGUUUAGCCAAUUCCCCACCCGUUCGCUCGUCCCGCUCCAUAGAUUCCAGGCGCACGCUUUGAAGGGCAAUAACCUUUGACUAAACACAGCCCACGCUAGCCUAAGGACUAGCUUGAUUAUAGCCGACAAAUAUUUAGAUGCAAAUAUACCUCUAUUAUAGCCAGCAAUUUAGAUAAAUUACGUAUUCGUGUUCGUGUUCGUUUUCGUUUUCGUUUGCCUUCGCAUCCAUUUGUUUAGACUGAUUACUGACUAAAACCAAAGCGAAUGCAAAUAUAUUACGACUCUUAACUACUAUCCUCAAUCGCAUGCACUCUAACCUUUAACCCUCUAACCCUUUAGCUCCUUAAACCCUAACCUUACGACUAUGCAAACUGAAUUGUAACCCCCUAGGUAUAAGUUUUAAAUGAGAAA